AUGCAUAGACAGAUGACAUGGGACACAGGCUGGGAGGUGCUGGCUAUGGAGGAAGAAGAUGAAUUAGUGGGGUUAGUAGGGUUGGUGGAGUCAGAGAAGCUUGGAAUUAGGGCAGAGCCUAGACAGCCCAUGAGGGCAGGUGCAGUUUCAACUGGCAUGGUGGUGACUUUGGCAGUUGAUACAUACAGUAUUGUGGGAGGUGCAUUCUGUGGUGUGGUGUUGGUUGCUGCAGGUGCCACAUACAUCAAGUGUUGCAGAGCAGUUUCAUGCUAUAUGUCUGUACCUCUGACAUUUAGUGCACCAGAUGGGCUCACAUUUGUCCUUGGGGACUGCAAUGCAUUCAUUUUGGAUGCAAAUGCCUUCUUUGAGGAUGAGGAUUGCCAUAUGGGGGUCUGCAAUGUGAAUCAGUGUGAAAGCCUUGCAUUGGGUUGCAGAUCUGUGCUGGGGGGGCUUGAUCCAGAAGGCGUCAUCUUGAAUUUAGAGCUGGAUGGGGAGGUAUUCAGCAAUGAUAGGUGCAGUGAUGGAUCUGAUGUCCCCAACUGGGGUGUCUGGCUUGCAGAUGUUGGCAAGGGCUGCCUUCAUUUUCUUGACCAUGUCAGCAUGCAGAGUGCCUGGUGGGAAGAGGUUGUUACCUGGCAUGGGGUCAAGUAG